AGUAAAUUAGCACACCGGAUCUUGUAAUCACCCGUCAAUUUGCAGAACACGGUCAUAUUUAUAAAUAGACACGGCUGGGGGGGCAGGGUUUUCCAACGCGGGCACUGUCUGGUUGACGUUUUCUCUCUCACAGCGAGUGACACUGACGAGUCAACGCGCAGGGGCAAACAAGGACAAGUAAAGGAGAAAGUCCCAGUUCACAGAUCAGCUAAACACAGUCCUCGCCAGGUCCGACAGCAUUUCAAGGUCACGGAGCUGAAAUGUUGACACAGAUGCUUCCUGGCCUGUGGAGUAUUUCCCCUUUUGUUCAUAAAUAUCGGAUUUCCGGCAGUUAAAGCAUUCCGCUUCGGCCCGAUGAAAACAAAUGGGGUCACUGCUCUGGUCCAUCUCCCAAUAGCCUGCAGAACAGGAAGAAGGGCGAUCACUGCGUCGGAACACGGAAAACUUCCUGAUCCAGCGAGUUUAAAAGGAGUGUAAGGACCAGUCACUGAAAUCAUGGCAGUAUCCAGCACAUCCACAAAGCCCAGUCAUUGUGACUCGCUCAAUCUAUAAAAGUACUCCGUGCUUCCCUUGAAGACAGCACUUUUCGCUUCUUCUGGUGGGGUUUGAUCGCCUCAAAUGGCUGAUGUGGAGUCCCACAGUUUCCUCUCUGAGCUGGGCUCGGAUUCCGCCUGGUCCUUGCUGUCCUGGGUCGCUUCCUUACUGAUGGUCUUUGGCGGUGCGGCCCCCUACAUCCCGCAAUAUCGCGACAUCCAAAAGAGUGGCAGCGCUGAAGGCUUCUCCACCCAUGUGUGUUUAGUGAUGCUGGUGGCCAAUAUCCUGCGCCUCUUCUUCUGGUUUGGGAAACAUUUCGAAUUAACGCUCCUGUGGCAGAGCAUUGUCUUAAUAAUCACUAUGCUGGCCUUGCUACACUUGUGUUGCACUGUACAGAGUUCAUCCAGAAUGAGCACCAGUAGACACCUUUUUACAGAUUUUGAUCCAAGAUAUUUUUGGGCAUGGAGCCGCUUCCUUGAUUACAUCCAGUUCUGUUUAACAUUCACUGCGUUGUGCCUCCUUAUUACGUACCUGCUUAUUGACUCUGAAUUUUACGUGGAAAGUCUUGGCUUUUCAGCUGUCCUCAUUGAAGCCAUGUUAGGAAUGCCUCAGCUUUUGCAGAACUUCAGGAACAAGUCAACAGCAGGAAUGAGACUUUGUAGCAGUUUGACACAGCUGCAUGAUUUACUAGGUCAUUUGAGAAGGCAACUAAGAGUGGAUCCGGAGUCACAUGUACUCCAGACACGCGUGAAGAUGGUGUUGUUGUGGACCCUGGGUGAUAUCUUUAAGACAACCUACUUCAUUAUUAAUGCAACUCCAGUACAAUUCUGGAUUUGUGGAACUGUUCAGAUUUGCAUUGACAUUGCAAUUUUCUUUCAGGUGUUCAUCUAUGGACAAGGAGAUCAUGAAAAAUAUAUGUAACAAAAUUGCAUAAUGACAGAGAAUGGCUGCCUGGGCAGCAAAAUAUGAUGCACAGUGUGGCUUUAAUAUGUUUUUCUUGCCAUUUCUAUGGAAGAAUAUCCUGUGCUAUCACAGUAUUGAAAGUAUCCAAAGUGCCUUAACCAAAAAACAACCUCUGCCAUAAUUUACUUCCUGUUGCUGUCCAAACUUUCCAAAACAUAAACCAAAUCAUACUUCUAACAUAUAUGAAGAUGAGGUGUCUUUAAAUGUCUCAUCAUUUAGCUAUCAGCCAAUGAGAACAGCAGCAACAAGAACAGAGAAGUAUUCACCAUUGUAAAUGAUGCAUUAAGGUCUGACAUGAUGAAUGUCGCGUGUUUAUUUGAAAUGCUAAAAAUAGUCUUGUUUGAUGUCCUUUCCACUGUUUUAUUCCAUUUCUACUUUCUCUUUGUAUUUCAUUGUCUUCUUUAAAAAAAAAAUCAAUUAUGCAGCUUUAUACUUGACCUUUCCCCAAGUAGUAUAUUGGUUAGUGGUCAGCCAUUUGAUACAGCAACUAAACAUGAAAUUUAAUUUGGUAUAAUAUAAAUGCACAGUGAAGCCUUUGAGUGAAUAAUUGGAAUAGUAACCUUGAAUAACGAGUGUCAUUAAAAAGGGCAUCAUUACUGAAAACAGUUCCGAUUCUAAAACUUAUUUUUAUUGGAAAAGUGUUUUAAAAGAUAUUUCCAGCUUAGUCAGAUAUUUUUUUAAGUACCCUAAAGGAAAAUAAAGCUUCCUUUUGCCAAACUGUUAAGACAACAAAAAGAAAAUUCUGUUAUAAAAAGCUAACUCUUAUUUAGAUACUAAUUUAACAGUCCAACAUAAAUACACUCGUUGUACCACUUCUGGCUCAAAAAUACUCUACACAUUGUGCCUCUAGCAAUACUUCAGUCAUUAGAUCCAAAGCUUGUUUUCUUUUGAAGUAUUUCUUGUCUGUCUGAGAUGGAAUUUAGGGGGUUUUUUUUCUUUUAUGUUCAGAGGUGACUGCCUCCAGUUUACAGAAAAGAUGUAUGUGUGACUGUGCUGCCUUCCUGCAUUUGCCAAUGUGAAACCAGGUCAAUGCAAGCCUUAGCCUCAUUAAAAUGUGAUAUUUGUUAGGCACAGAAUGGCUAUAGAUUGAUUUAUGAGCUGAGCUGGUAUAUCAGAUCAGGUCAGUUUGGUGAGACGAGGUGGAUUCUUGAUUCAGAGGUGGGUCUCAAAUGGGGCAGAAGGGCAGCUGAUGGUAGAUGCACAAGGAAUACUGUGUGGAAGUCACUCUGGUUUUUUGGAUUGUUUUGUGAACUGCUACCAGGGGUCUCCUAAGAACUGUACUGAUUAGGCUUCAUAGCACCCCCUACCAGUGGUGCAUACCUAAAAGUUACCAUUGAGUCCCAGCGCCAGCCAUUUCUCAUACUCACACAUUCUCCUGCCUGCUUCAGGUGGGCAGCAUAUUCACACAAUAGGCGGGCUGCCUGAAAAUUCCAUUGGAUCACUCCUAGCAAAGAAAGGACAGCCAACAAUUGAGAAUCGCCAUCAAUAUUUCAGAACAAGGGCUCUCAGAGUCAUUAGUGUGGUGCUGGAAAAGCACAACAGGUCAGGCAACAUCCGAGGAGCAGGAGAAUUGACAUUUUGGGCAUAAGCCCUUCAUCAGCCUUCAACGGCUUUCAGAGUUAUGUAUGAGCAUUGUUUUUUUCUAUUUUGCCUCUAACACUCACUUUAAGCUGUGAGCAAAAAUUGGAAAAAAAUAACAAAAAAAGAAGUCUAAUAAAACACUGGGACUACAUUAGCACAUAAAUACUGUGGCAAUGGGAGCAGAUUAGAUGCUGCAAAUGUACAGCAAGGAACUCAAUGCCUUACUUUCCAAAGCUUAUGCAAGGCAUAAGUUCAGUGUGUGAUGAGACAUUCCCCUCUUGCCUAGAAGAGUGCAGCACCAACAGCAUUCAACUAGCUCUUCACCAUUUAGGACAAAGCAGUCCAACCAUCAACAUUUUCUCCCUCUACCACCAAAGCACAGUGGCAGCGGUAAUGGUAGCAAUUCACUCAGAUCUUUAGCUAGCAUGCUCCAACACACGAUCUCUUCUACCUAGAAGGAUAGCGGAAGCAGAUACAUGGGAAAACCAUUAUCUGCACCACCAUCUACCAACUUGAACACGUGGACGCCAUGCUAGUUUGGAACUUUAUCAUGUUCCUUCACUGUCACUGGGUCAAAAUCUUGGAACUUCCUGUCUACUAUUGCUGUGGGUAUACCUACUCCACAUGAACUGCAACAGUUCAAGAAGGAAACUCAUUCCUACCUGCUCAGUGGCAACUAGGGAUAGGCAAUAAAUGCUGACCUAGCCAGCAAUGCCCACAUCCAAUGAAUGAAUUAAAUAGAAAUAUUCAGUUUGUCAGCCAGUAGCUGCAGAGAGAAAAAUAUAGUUAACUUUUCAGGCCAAUGACCAUUCAUCAGACUCUACAGAAUUUUGCUUUUUUAUUAACUAAAAGUCUGUUACUACUUUAGUUUAUCAGUAUCAGCAUAUUUCCCUUUGCCUUAACGUUUAACAGACCAGAGUACAUUAUGUGGAGUUCUAUUAUCUGAUCAAACUAUUAAUAAGAAGUUAAUUCUAAUUGUGAAAUCCUAAAAUUGUAAUUGCAACAUUUUACUGUUUGAGAAUCCACAUCAAUUUUACACGUUUCCCUGGUGCUGUUUGAUGUCUUGGUAUCAAUUUGAAAAUAUAACAUUUGUUUUUAACUUCUUUCCAUAACUGAUUAGUUCUUUUACAUCAGGAUAUGAAAUGCAGGAUAUUCUCAGCUGCUUCACCAAAUGAUCGUUAUACCUUUGGGAAGAGUCUGAUGGAUCUGUUUGAAAAAUGCCUAAACAUUUGUGAAAUCCCAUUUAUCCUUUUUAAGGCUGGACCCUUCCCAACUAGUAUUUCUGAGCAGGUACAUUUGUGAAUGGGGAGUCAAUGUGUUGAGAGUUUCACCAUGCAAAUUUGGAUGUGAGUAGCCCAUUAUAUAAGGCAUAAGAAUCUUCAGUUUGCCAGAGAUGAGGAUCACCAGAGGAACUAGCCCCAAGAGAUCGAUGAAACUGAGAAAAUUGCAUGGGAUCUCUAAAGAGCAACACCAUCAUUUCUGAGUGAAGCUUGGUCCUGGGCUUCAUAACCAUCCCCUCUUCUUAUCUUCCAGAUGGAAGUCAGUUGAACUUCCUACAGCAUGAGGCAGGCAGGUGCCCAUAGUCAAGCUCAUGCUCCCUAACUUAACCAAAUUCCAGCCUACCACUGCAACGGUGAGAGUGUUAGUGCUACACUGUGUCAAUGGUGAAAUACCAAAGUAAUUAUUGCAAUUGAAGCAUUUAUAAUUUGGGGGUUCUUACGUCGGCUUUUCAUUUAUUUUCAUCUAUAACAUUUUGCACAAUUUGUUUUUAAAAGUAUGCUUCCAAUAUAUAUUUAAGUUACAUGAAUAAAGUAGAAUCUACUAGUGCAAUGCAAAAGUUAGUUAGAUGGUUUGUGCAUAGGCAAUUAUAGAUGGUGAUUUUUUUUCCUCACCAUUCAGAAAGGUUUGAUUUCUUAGUUUAUGCUGUUACAGAAUGUCCUGCCACAGUGAUUCUCAGGUUCAGCUUCACUGAAAUCCAGCAGGGCUGGGCGUCUUUAUAUUACAUAAUUAAUUAUGUUUUGUGAACAUGAGUCUUACACUGACAGUGAAUUUACCUAAGAUGCCUAUGCCAAUUAUUGUCUUACAGAUUGACUUUGGACUGUUACCUAAUACAUGCAUCUAUAAGUAAAGAUGAUAUUACAAUAACAACUGAAAGAAUGUUAUAUAUUGAUGUGCUUUGUCAUUGAUUGACAUUAAUCCAUCAUUUCUUUUGCUAAAGCCUUUUAAUAAUUUAAGGAUGUUGAUCCUCUUUAACAGAUUCUUGCAAUAUGCAGAAACAGUUUUCUUGUGUAAUUCCUGUCAGUAUAAUCUGAAAUAUGUUGGUUCUAUCCUUUUAAAUGUUAUCAUAAAUAAAUAUCUGACAUCACUGCAGGAUUGAUUUCACUACACAAUCUGAAAUUGUAGCCAGGCGCUUAAAAAAAACAUGUAAAAUGACUAGCUUUAAUAUAACAGUAUAACAUUUUAGUUCAGCUAUUCAUUCAUUUAUGCAUGAUAGACUUUUAUAUUCAUCUUGAUAAUAAUUAAGAUGCUUUAAUACAGAACAAGUAUUCUUUGAAGGCAUUCUUGAUACAAUGUACAACUUACAGUGACUGAACAAGUUUGUACAUAUUUCCACUGGAUACCGCAGUGAAUUUAAGGCGGUGACUACUCUCCGAUUUUAGGUUAUACUGACAGAAACAGCACAAGAAAAAGUUAUGCUCACAACUGAUUUAUGCCAAGAGAAAUAUCUUGCACAACGAAAACUUAAUCUCAGCUGCUUGAAUCUAUAUUAUCUCCCAGUGGUGGUGCUUCACAUCUAGUUUCCAUCGAUGAAAUUCUCUGUCAUUUUAUUACUUGGAACAUGUGUAGAGAAUUUCUGCUACUUAGCUAGUUAUCACUUGCUGAAACAGGAUUGCCAGAACAAACAGUUGGCAGUGAAAAAUCUGAGACUUCCUUGAUGAUGUCCAGUUUUGCUUUGUAUGCUGCCAGUAUCACUGGAGUCUCAUCUGUGAGAUAUCUAUGACAUUUCUAGAUUUCUCUGGUUGGAUUCUAUUAUACCACCUGUUGUAUACAACAGAACCAAUGAGCUUUUCCCUAGGGUUAUGUCUCACAGUUCAGUAAGUGUUACUCAGGAGAAUGCAGGAGGUGGUUUUGUGAAGAUGCCAACCUUGUCAGAUGAGCUGAUCAUGUUAUUGAGCUACAAUGUUAUCAAUCCUAUCUGUUGAAGCCCAAGCUAAGAUUCUCAGAAUUUCUUCAGAUGUGUGCUCAAACAUUGCAGAUGAGUUUAUAUCAAUCUAUGCAAACAAGUAUCUUUGUUUCUUUUGAAUCCUGUGGGUCAACAUAACUUUUGAUAAUGUUUAUAUAAACUAUCCUGUUUAUCUUCAAGUACUGUUUUGUAAAGAAGAAAGAAAUUGUGUUCAGACAAGUAAAUGUCAUUGUUCAAAAUAGUAGGAGAAU